AGUUCAACGGGCGAGACCGCGUCGGCUCCGUCCACGGAAUCGCCAGCCCCAACGUCCACGCAAGUGUGCGCGCUGCGGCCUUCGCAGCUCAUCAAGCGCGUCAACGAGCUUCAGGUUCGUGAGCCAAGCCCCGUCAUUACUUCGCCUCAAACCUUCGGACCCCCGCAGGGCAAGCGCAAGAUGAACCUGCACUUGUCCCUAGAGAAACUCGAGAAGCCUCCGAUCCCCAUGAUGCUGAUGCAUGAAGAGCCCAAGACGGACUGCGGACCACGGCGCAAGAGCGUCCUAUUCGCUGACGAUCGCGUCCAGGAUAAGCCUUCAUUCGUCUUCUCUGCAGCUCAAACGGCCCCGGUCACCCGUCCGCGUCGAGCUUCUAGCAUCACUCUGAGCAUGAAUUCCCCCGAAGCCGCGGAAUUCAAUGAGGUGGCUCACGACGGACCCGAAGAGCUGGGGAAACGCACCAAAAGAGUCAAGAAACUCGGCAAAGGAGCAGGAGGGACAGUCUACUUGUCGCUGUACUUGCCAACGCUGAAGCUGGUCGCUGUGAAGGAGGUCGUGGUCUACCAGGAAGAAGACCGGCACAUGGUCAAGCGCGAACUCCACGCCCUCCACGACAACCUCGCUCCGAUUGACACUGAAGCUCCUCAGUCCAGCGGCUCAGAUGCGCUGAAGCAGAGGUUCCUGGCUGGGCUGCGAGGCCGCAACUCGCUCUGCCCGUACCUCGUCACAUUCUACGGCGCCUUCCUCAAGCCAGCUAGGUGUGCGGUCUCUGUUGUGAUGGAAUUUAUGGACAUGGGCAGUGUGCAGGACCUACUGGAUGCAAAUAUUACAGUGUCGGAGGAAGUACUAAGGCACGCCGCGUUCUGCUGUAUCACAGCGCUCGACCACAUGCACAGCCAAAGAAUGGUUCAUCGGGACAUCAAACCAGCCAACAUCCUCAUGAAUCGACACGGCGAGUUCAAGGUGGCGGACUUCGGGUUGGCAGGGACGUUGGCCAAGUCCAACUCGUUCUUCUCCGACUUCACGGGAACCAUGAUGUACAUGGCGCCUGAGCGCAUCUCCGGGGCUCAGUAUACGUGCGUGAGUGACGUCUGGUCUCUCGGUAUCACCUUGUUCUCCCUCGCUACGGGAUCGUACCCGUUCACAGUGGACGACGGAUUCUUCGGCUUGGAAGAGGCCAUCUGCCAGGACACGUUGCCUCCAAUGCCCAACCGAUUCUCACCCGUGUGUCGCGAC